UCAAAAUUAUUUAUGCAAAAUUUGCAACAAAUUGUGCUAUCAAAAUCAAGGUGGGUGAUCUUGAAUUAGGUCGAAAUCGUUAAACUAGUUCAAGUGCUUUUGCAACAACUUGAAUAAUUUUUAAUAGCAACGCAUGGCUACUUUAUUAUCGUGUGGAUUCAGAAAUUCCAGAAAGUAUGCUUAUCAAAUACUCGUUUUAGCUACGAUCUUAACAACACGAAUAAAAUCAAAUCCACCUUCAUAAAAGCAUAUGACCGUGCCAUUAAAAAUAUGCCUUGUAAAAUGGAGGCCAUUUAACAGUGUGCAAUGCUUAGGCUUUCCCCUUUAUCUCCCACGUUCUCUCCCACAGUCACGUGCCUCCUGCAGCCAAUCCAGUCUCUGCAAUGGUUCAAUUUAUCAGAGGUCUGUAGUUCACUGUGAAGUCAAGUAGUUACUUGAUUACCACGGAUUCUGCUUUUGUGUCCGUUCCAUUGUGGGUGUAUACCUUCAGUUGGGUCCCUCUUAGAUUUUAUUAUGUCGACAUUAGGGACACUGAGCUACUACGCCGACUCACACAUUCCACACGAAAAUGAAGACAAUUUGGUACCGAGGUUCUCAUCUGGACCUGUGGUCCAGCAGCAGUCUCGUGAGCUGACGCUCCUUGAAUAUGGCGAGCAGGAGUCGUACAAUUUCCAGGCCAAAUCAUCAAUUUUUGGCGCAUCGUGGAGUCCCGUGCCCGUUCAUCCCCCAGGCAGCGCAUCUAUCGCCUACCACUCGUAUAUUCAUCCAUGUUCAACAGGAGAAUCCGUGGAUGGAGCAUCCGUGCGUUCCUGGGCUUUAGAGCCGCUGUCUGCGUCCCUGCCUUUCACAGGAUUAUCUGCAGAUAUGCACCACGAUAUCAAACUUGAACCGCUGGUCGGAAAUGGUGAGUGCGCGACGCAUACACUACUAGUGUCCGAGACUGACAACAAUACAAGCCAGGCAGAGAGGAAGAUACCGGACGAUGCGGUUUCCAGCGAGUCACAAGAUGAGAAAACUUCAACCGAGACGAAGCUUGACAUAGACCCAAAUAACCCUGCGUCCAACUGGCUGCAUGCGAAGUCGACUAGGAAAAAGCGCUGUCCAUACACUAAACAUCAAACUCUCGAGCUGGAGAAAGAAUUUCUGUUUAAUAUGUACCUCUCGCGCGACCGUAGAUAUGAAGUGGCAAGACUCCUAAAUCUCACCGAGAGACAAGUGAAAAUUUGGUUCCAAAACCGUAGGAUGAAGAUGAAGAAAUGCAAUAAAGAUCGUCCAAAAGACAUUUAAACAAGAAAAGUAAAAGCGCACUGCAGUGGAUGAAGUCAUUUGGUUCGUGCGACAGUGUUUGUGAUUUAGCCUGUCUUUUCCCUUAUUCAUGCACAACAACAGUAGAUUAUUGAUAGCAGUACUUAUUAUUGAUAUACUUCCAAUUUUGUAAUAUGUUAAAUGUACAUUGCACAAACCUUCGAUCUGACAGUUUGCCUGUAUAUUUGAUUGUGUAUUUGUGUACAGUUUGUUGUUAUAGUUCUGUUUUUGUUUGGCUUGCUUGUUGUGGGCCAAGCUUUUCUUGUUGUGUACAUUUUAAAUAUGUUAAUCUUUAGUUGAGUUCCAGUUCAUGAUUUCAGGGAAUUUUAGAGUUCAGCGAUAUGAAAUAAUUAUUUGCAUGAAUUUUAACUGUUUUAUAUUCCAAAAAGAAUUGUAGCGCAAUGUAUUAAUGUUUAAUGUGACUACCUAGAUGUAUUUGAACUACCUAUGUAAUAAGAUUUAUUUAUGUUGUGUUAUGUGUCAUUAAGGCAUUUCUUUGAUUUUUGUAACAUUAAUGUGCUUGCAAUGUUAUGUGAAC